GGCCGCGCCUGCGCAGCUGCUCGGCGCCGGCUUCCGGGUGGUGCGAGCCAGAUGGGGCGGAGGGCUGGUCUCGCCGAGUAGCUGCGGUGAGUGGGCGUGUGCGCCGAGCGGUCUGGCUCGAGGGCUGGGGGCCGGCCGAGGGUCUGCGGGAGCAGCCCGCAGGGCGCGUAGAGAGCCUGAGAUCGCCGUCUGCCGCUGCUACCCGGCAUGUCGGCGGAGGCUUCGGGCCCGGCGGCCGCCGCGGCCCCGUCCCUGGAAGCCCCCAAGCCCUCGGGUCUCGAGCCUGGCCCCGCCGCCUACGGUCUCAAGCCGCUGACCCCGAACAGCAAAUACGUGAAGCUGAACGUGGGCGGCUCGUUGCACUACACCACGCUGCGCACCCUCACGGGACAGGACACCAUGCUCAAGGCCAUGUUCAGCGGCCGCGCGGAGGUGCUGACCGAUGCCGGAGCAAUAACCAACAGUUACGGAACCCCUAACUCUGCCAGGCGCUGUGGUUGGGUGCUGAUUGACCGGAGCGGCCGUCACUUUGGUACAAUCCUCAAUUACCUGCGGGAUGGGUCUGUGCCACUGCCGGAGAGUACCAGAGAACUGGGGGAGCUGCUGGGCGAAGCACGCUACUACCUGGUGCAGGGCCUGAUAGAGGACUGCCAGCUGGCGCUGCAGCAAAAAAGGGAGACGCUGUCCCCGCUGUGCCUCAUCCCCAUGGUGACAUCUCCCCGGGAGGAGCAGCAGCUCCUGGCUAGCACCUCCAAGCCCGUGGUGAAGCUCCUGCACAACCGCAGUAACAACAAGUACUCCUACACCAGCACGUCAGAUGACAACCUACUUAAGAACAUCGAGCUGUUCGACAAGCUGGCCCUGCGCUUCCACGGGCGGCUACUCUUCCUCAAGGAUGUCCUGGGGGACGAGAUCUGCUGCUGGUCUUUCUACGGGCAGGGCCGCAAAAUCGCAGAGGUGUGCUGCACCUCCAUUGUCUAUGCUACGGAGAAGAAGCAGACCAAGAUGAGGUCUUGCUACAUUGCCCAGGCUGGCUUUGAACUUGAACUCCUAGGCUCUAACGAUGCUCCUGCCUUAGCCUCCCAAUAUGCUGGGAUUACAGUCAGGAGACAUCACACCCAGCUUAUAUCUUUUCCUAAACAUCAUUUGACUGCAUUUAUAUUUUAUUUUAUUUAUUUAUUUAUUUAUUUUUUUGAGAUGGGGUCUCACUGUCACCCAGGUUGGAGUGCAGUGGUGCAAUCUCAGCUCACUGCAACUUCCGCCUCCUAUGCUCAGGUGAUCCUCCCACCUCAGCCUCCCGAGUAGCUGGGAACACAGGUGUGGGCCACCACACUUAGCUAAUUUUUUGUAUUUUUGGUAGAGAUGGGGUUACACCAUGUUGCCCAGACUAGACUCAAACUCCUGGCCUCAAGCUGUCCUCCCACCUUGGCUUCCCAAAGUGCUGGGAUUACAGGCGUGAGCCACUGCGCCAGGCUAGUUUAUAUUUUCUUAAGUGUAUGACUGAGUCCUCCCACUAGAAUGUAACUUCCUGAGGACAGGACCCUUGUUUUGUUCACUGCUAUUUUUGCAGUGCCUAGAACAAUACCUGGUGCACUGCACUCACUCAGCAUUUGUCAAAAGAAAAAAUAUACCAAGAAACUAGGCAAGGAAGGAGAUGAAGGAGAGAAAUAAUUCUGCCUGCCUGACUUCAGAGCUGAGCCUUGAAGUAUGACUUUGCUGAGUAAAGGAGUGGCAGAGAGGUCAGGCCAGGCCUAAGGACCUGACUGCAGGGCUAGGAGGUGUGUCGGUGCAGGGGCCCUAGGUAGGGGGAUGGCCCUGCCAGACUGCACCAGAAGGAAGGAGCUGGGGCCGGCUGGCCUU